AUGGCACAAGUAGACGAUAACUUGCGAGGGGUCGACCUUAAAGUCCUCACCUUGCGUGGCAAUGGCCUGCAAGGAUUGGGCAUAAUCAGCAUUGUCGACGAGUUGUGCAGUCGCAUCGCUCGCAAGAACAACCUGGCCAGAGUGCCUGCGCCAUGCGAGCUAUUCGAUAUAAUAAGUGGCACAGGAAUCGGAGCGUUGAUUGCGGUACUGCUCGGACGUUAUUGCCUCGACAUCUCAAGAUGCAAACAACACUAUAUGGACUUUGCGGAGUUCAUCGAGGAGAGAAAUCUAUCUCGGCGGGCGCAUCCAAAGACGCUACACGAAGAGGAUGUCCAAGCUUUCAUGGAAACUCUUAUCAAGAGCGAAGACUGGUCUGGGACAUUGAACAUUCCUUCAUCGAACCAAGUGCCGCGCUGUCAACAUGUCUUGGUAAUACAGAGACGGAGGAAAUAUGGUCGCGGCCAUGAGGCCGAAACCUUUCAUGGCUGUGUAUUCAAUGACUUGGAUCCAGCAAACCAGCCGGCUUCUCUGCAGCCCUCACAAUCGACCCAAGUGGCACCGAUCGUUGCCGCCUCAAUGACGCACCCUCUUGAUAGCUGGACGUCAGUGGCGGACGAUGAUGUUCAAGGAUUCCAACCACGAAUCGCUUUUGUUUCUGCCGUUGUGCUAUCAACAGUCGAGGAGAUUGUGUCAACAUACGGCUCAGCAACCAAUAUUUCUUUCAUCGCCAAUUUCGGUCCAGCCCGAUUGGGGCAAGAAACUCCUGAUGUAUCGAAAGGACUGAAAUCUCCAGUCAUGUGGGUUGCAGAGAAGACUUCCCCAAUCAAAUCAGCCGUAAUGUGGCCGCUGAAGGCGACGUGGAGGACACUAGCACCGCAUGAAUCGACUACCUUGCACAACCACGAUCUUGGAAAAGAACAUAGCUCUCACGAACACCACCGGAAAUCAUUGUCGCUGCAAUGGCCCAUCCAGUCGAUGAUAAACGACAAGAAUUCUUCUAGGCCUGCAUCGAAAGAAGACAGGGCGCAACGAGCCAGACUCCUUGUCGAGAACUUGAUGGCCUCGGAAUCUGAUAGAAAGAUGUUCGACUUUUAUACCACGUCGAGUGCGUCGAAGAACGAGGCUAAUGACAUGACCGACUUGAAGGGAACUCGAAAUGAUAUCAGAGAUAUUGUCGAAUUUCUGGAUGGCAGCGGUCUUUUCGUGGAUGCUGUAAGACAGUUCCAGGCCCUGUAA